UUUGGGCGCAUGAUUGCUAUAAGAGCCACAUAUGCUAGUAGGUUGAUGAUAAAAACUCGAUUGCUGCAUGUUGUUUUAUUGUUGCCACUACCAUAUUCUUUAUUGCUAUGCAGAAAACGCAGAAGAGGGCAAAACAGCUCCACAACAGAGUCUCGGACCAAGAAUGCUAAACAAGCCUGCCGUUCCGCCCCACUUCCCAUGUUGGAAAUGAUGAGGGUUCAAGCAACUCAACUGAAGCAGAAGGCACCGGAAGAAGUCAUGUUGCAUGUGUGUGAACUAUAUGGUGGAGAGCGUGCUAGGAGUGAGAUUGAAUCCUUGACACGGGGACAGUCGAAUUCUCCAGAAUGGCACAGAUAUCGAAAGGGCCUGGUAACUGCGAGCAUUGCUCAUGCUUGUAUGACUCGCGCGAAGACUUUUCUUCGUUCGAAAGGUGCGGCCAACAUUGAUCCAUUUCUUAUGCUUAUUUUAAGAAGCAGAACUAUUACAACACCAGCAAUGCAUGUUGGGAUUACGAAGGAAAGUGCAGCGCGUGCUGCUUACAAAACAUGGCAAGAGGCACUGGGGCACACACUGGAAGUGCGCCAGAGAGGGCUCGUUUUGUUCGAGGAGUUUCCCUUCAUAGGCUGUUCCCCCGACGGCGUUGCAAGUUUUUCGUGCAAAUGCUGCGAGGGCAAGGAAGUCCUCUUGGAGAUUAAAUGUCCAACAAAGCUCGACAACUCUUUCAAGAACUACGACACCUUAGAGCCUAAGUUGGAGUAUUUAACACAAGUUAAUGUACAAAUGGCUGUGUGUCAUGUAAAAGAGGCCCAUUUUUUUGUUUAUUGCAGUGACAUUUCUUUUUGUUGUGCUGUAGUGAACUACAACAGCGGUGCCUUUGAUGAUUUCAAGGAUUCAAUCAUUAGCAUAUAUAAAGAAAGAGUGAUAUCGGAGCUUCUCUUGAGGCUAAGCCACUGAUAUCGUACUUGCUGGCACAGGCUGCCGAUAAAUUUUAAAGGGGCUGUCAACCAAUUUUAAUGUUACUUUUUUUUUUCUUCUACUUCUCCCAAGUGUGACAGGGAAGCUUUUGCCGACAUGACUUCGUUUCCUAUGGCUCAUACGUUAUCGUUUCACAAGUUGUGCACGAGCAACUGUGUGAUAUCAGUGGCGACUCAGGCAGAACUCGUGAAACCAACUUUUCUUUAUGCUGUCUUUGUGCCCUUUAUAAAGGGGCCCUGAAACUGGCAUGCUGCAUCAUAUAGAUAACACGACCACCACAAGCCCUGUAUAGCUCCAGACGCCCAUCUUGCGUUUAGAGAGUGCCACACAUGCCAAAACCACAAGUAGCAAUGCGAGAAUAAAAAAAAAGAAAUAGAACUUAAGCAGGGCCUUGCCCCCUUGCCAUGCACCAUAUACCUUCCAGCGCACUAGUGGAGACGAAAGGAGAA